CAAGGGACCAACCAGCUGGAGGCAGCUGUGUCGAGAGUGUCGUAAAGUUGAAAUCGGCAUCAGAACCUCGAAACAGGGUGUACAUUUAUAAAGGCCGUAAGUGCCAUUCACUGUAACUCGAAAAGUUGUAAGUCAAGGACUUCCUGUACAAAAAUGGAAAAUGUUCAGCAACCAACAGAUGGUGUUAUCGGCCCCUUUUAUUGUGAUAAACAAAAGACAAACAUAUUUGAAAGCAUGGGAUGGAUUUAAAAAGUGCUUGUGUGAAUUGGAAGCAUGUUUCAUUGGAUUUCUGUAGGAUUUGUGCUUGUAAUGCAUGUAUGUGCUUUUGAAUAUUCAGCUAGCAUUCCUUCCUUUGAAAAGCUUACAAUUUAAAACUACUACUUCAUCUUUAAUAAGAAAGGUAACUGUGUACUCCAAAUCCAUUACAGGUUACUUGUAGGAAUCUGAUCUGUUAAGUGAAUUGCAGGUCUAAAGUUACUAUCCACUAACACAGCUGCACUUCUACCAAAGCUGCUCCUGUCCAGGUUUCUCCCUUACUGAUUAUCUGUUUUAGAGUAUCUUUCCCCCAUAUGAAUGACUUAGCCUUUUUUCUGAUAUAUUUCCCUUUAUUUAUGCAUAAGUUCUGAAUCUCUCCCUUUUGUAUAAUUUGUCUGCACUCACUGAUGUUCACAACUCCUCCACAUUUAGUUUCAACUGCAGGCCUCAUUAACAUGUGGUUUGCCCUCUUUUCUAGCCUAUUUAUGAAGAUGUUAAAUAAUGGAUCUCUGCUCUACCCAGUUUUGUAAGAAGUUCCUGAGGGCAUGGCUGAGGGACAGAGGUGAGGCAGUUUUGGCUAAGUUUGCACUCCAGUUCUCCAGACAAUAUCAGUUCUGCAGGACUGUCAAUAAAAUGCCAUUUACAGUUGCUAAAUACAUUAUGCUUUAACUAUAUAUUCUUUUCUUAUCUGAGUUUAAACAACUGAACUGGCUUAUCAAGAUUAAUGUAACAGUUCGUAAUUGUAUAAUGCUUUGAAGUUCUGUAGUACUAAGAUACAAGGAUUUUUAAGAACACUACACAGGACAGUAAAAAUUUACAGGUGGAGAAACAGGCAUGUUAAGUGUUGUGCUCUGCAUACAGCAUGUCUGUGGUAAAAUCCUGCCAGAACCAGUCCCCUGAUGCUUAGCCUGGUACUGUAACCACUAGACUCUGCCUCCCAUCCAAGAACCUUUGCUCAGAAGUCCGCCAGGCUUGUCACACUCCUUGUCCUGAAGUUCUGCCUCUGACCUCAGUUUAGAAUGACCCUUACACAGUCCUCUCUGCCUCGCCACAGAGAGGAUAGCAUCUCACACAGCUUCCCUCUCAGGAAUUCGCUUUAUUAACUAGACACCUUUACACUUUAAUAAACCAUGCCUGUUCUCUUACCAAACAAACACACUGAUCUGAUAAAGCCUUGCCUUCUGGAGCAGUAAGGCAGGCAACAAGAAUCUUGCCUAAGCUCCCCCACCCCAGCAGCAAAAUACAGUUGAAAGGUUUGUGAAGCAGCCUGGUUUUGGUGAUUUUAUCUGAAGAAUGCAAUAAAUGCCCUAAAGCAAAGCAGCCCAGACUGGGCUAGGAGGAGUUGGUUGCAGGGCUCUGACAUAUUGUCCUUUCCAAGCUUGCAGGAGCUGGCAGGUCCCUGCAGCCCUUUAAAUACCAAGGAGCUCAUCUGUGACCAGAAGGAGGAGUAGUUAGUGGCAUGUGGGAGGGACACAGCAGGUAGUUGGCCAGGGACUUGCUGCCUCCCUCCUCCUAAUCUCAGGCUGUCAGAAACACAAGAUCCAUGCGGGAAAGCUGUCAUCAACUGGCACCUGAGACUCCAGCUCUGCUAGUGCUGCAUCCCCAGCCCUGCAAGUGAGGUGCUCACUCUACCCAGCUGCUCACCUGUGGGGAAGGGAGGCAAGAAAGUGAGCUGCUAUUGACUGAGGACAGAAGAGAUGGGGCUGGGGCUGUGAGCUGGAGACCUGCACUGCAGGGACAAGGACCCAAACUAGCAGCUGUGAGAUGCACCAGAACUCAUGUCUGAACAGGUAGCAGCUGUGGCUGGAGGUGUGAUAGGAGGCAUCCUUUUAUUCACCCUUAUUGGAAUAGCGCUAUAUCUGCUUUGGAAGAAGUUAUGCUUCCUACCUUCUUAUGAAGAACUUGCCAAUCCAGUUACUCCACCAUGUCUGGAGCCCAGUCUACAGGAACAGAAUUUUACCCAAUCAUCUCCUGCAAUUCAACCAAAAAGCACAAGAACUAGAAGUGUUCCAUUCAUCAUUCCACCAAAAAUUCAUGCGCGAGACUGGAUUAAUCUGACAAAUGAAGAGCCGAUUCAGGAGGACAACGAGCUGUGCAUGACCCCUCAGUCUGGAUCUCGGUCAUCUUUUCAUUCCUUGGCUGGGGCUUAUGUUAUAGGAUCCAUCAAUCCAGAACUGUACAAGGACCCUGAAGACAACAGCGAGACAAACUUCCCUGAGGGCAACAUUGGUCGUCUUUGGUUCUCAGUGGAAUAUGAGCAAGAAACAGAGAGGCUCCUUGUCUCCUUGAUUAAAGCCAGAAACCUUCAGGCCCCUGCAGAUUCCUGUAGUCCCUUUGUAAAAAUCUACCUGUUGCCUGAUGAAAGGCGUUUCCUGCAAUCCAAAACCAAACGCAAAACCCCCAACCCACAUUUUGAUGAAAACUUUGUUUUUCAGGCUUCCAGUAAAACAUUACACCAAAGAACCCUGAAGUUCUUGGUCUUUCACACUGAUAAACAGAAAAGGCACCACCUCCUGGGCCAAGCUAUUUUGCCUUUGAAAAAUGAAACACUAACUAGUGACAGCAAACUGGUCAUUUGGAGAGAUCUGGAGGCAGAAAACCUAGAGCCCCCUUCAGAGUAUGGAGAUAUCCAGUUCUCCCUCAGCUAUAAUGACUACCUGGGACGUCUCACUGUGGUGGUGCUAAGAGCAAGGGGAUUGAAGCUACAAGAUGAGAGCCUUACUACCAGUGUGUAUGUCAAAGUGUCACUGAUGAACCACAAUAAAUUCAUCAAGUGUAAAAAGACAGCAGCUGUUCUAGGAUCCCCCAAUCCAGUGUAUAAUGAAUCCUUCAGCUUCAAGACAGACCAGAAAGAGCUGGAUACAGCAAGCCUGAGCCUGUCUGUGCUUCAGAAAGCUGAGGGUGACAAAAGCCACCAACUAGGACGUGUAGUGGUUGGGCCCUAUAUGUACACUAGGGGCAGAGAGCUGGAACACUGGAAUGAAAUGACCAGCAAGCCUAAGGAGCUGGUUAAAAGAUGGCACGCUCUUGCUGCAGCACCUAGUUAAGCAACUGGUCCCUCUGCAUGGCAGUCAAAGGACAGAGACCUCCUAUAACACACAAAAGUGCUGAUAUGCUUUCUAAUCCAAAGACAGGGGCACAAAAUGGUCCCACCAUUUAACCUCUUCCUCCAGCUGACAACUUUACAUUUAACCUCCUCUUACAUGCACACAACAUAGUUGGCUGCUAAAUUGUUUCUCUCUUCCUCCAAAAUUAUUUUUCAAUUCUCUUUAAUUAUGUACAAUAGAGCAAACAAAACAAAGAUAAGCCUGAGUAUAGUAAUCCUAUAUCCAGUAAUUUGGGCUACUGAUCCUGCCUGCUGGUCACUACAUUUUCAUGUGGCUGGAAUGUAAAACAAGUUAGGAAUUGGGCCUAAUUGACCUCUGCAUUAUCCCUGUUCUAGGCCAAGGCAACUUCACUAAAAUUAAUAUAGGUACUUUGGCACUAAAUUGGAGUAACACACUGAUCAAUUGGGCCUAAACUAUGUUGGCUGAAUACUGUAUGUAAUGCAAACACUAUGUUACUUAGAAUGACUGUACUGUAAAUUUGAAUGGGAGUAUGAUAAUAUUCAGAACAACCAUUAGCACAAUUAUGUGCAUCUCAAGAUAACUGUACUUAUCUCAGUUUAGCUGAACGUCUCCAACUGGCUCAAAUUAAAACAUUGACUUUCUGGUGAAACUGAAAGACAAAGGAGAAGGUACUGAAAAUGUUGGCUAAAAUUCUCAUAUUAAAAUCUCUUUCUAGCUUGAACUCUGAUGAAUGAAAUAGUUUUAGUGGAAAAGUAAGAUGGAACAAUUAUUUUUAAUCAGUGUAAAAUAAACAGGACAUCCUCUUCCCUCCUUGACUGCUCAUCCAGAGCUUGACCCUAGGACCUUUCACACCCGAAACAACAAUUAUAAAUCAGAUCAACUAACUUCCUUUUAAUGAAUCAUUUAGUACUUUGUUCCAAUCAGUAUUGUAAUCUUUAUAGUAGAUAUAAAACAGGCUUCCUUUCAAACAGGAUGCAUCAUUAAUUAGCUUAAUACAUUAAGCAAAACAUCUCCUGAGAAACUAAAGCACUUUUUCUUUUGAAAACAUUGCUCCUGUUUGCAGAAGGUACUGUGUGUUGGAAUAUCUCUGAGAUGGGCAGUAGUACAGUAUGUUCAAAUCUGGUCUCCGAAGAGAAAUAUAUGACAUUCUCUCAUACUACAUGGUUUGUUAUAUGUUGGGAGGGCACACUGGAUUUGUUAUGUGAGGAACCUUAUAAAAUACCUGACACCAUACUUUCUUUCCUUGAAUUAAUGCUAUCAAGCAACAAAAACAUGUCAUAGAUCUGGUUUUCCCAGUUUACUCCUCAAAACUGUUUAAAACAGUUUAUUAUUUAUACAGUUUGUCUGGUUUGGGAAGCAAAAUGAUAUCUAAAUGUGUGCUAACUAAAUUAAUGCAACAAUGCAAUUGUAGCGACCACUAUUUUUACAGCGUGGCACCUUUAAGAUAAAAGACAACUUAUCUGAUAAAGGUGAACAAUAAAUUAUGUUUCCUGCACAAGUGCAGGGGGGCUGGACUCGAUCUGUAAGGUCCCUUCCAGCCCCUAAUAUCUAUGAAACUGUGUGUCAGUCAUGCUGGUGUUACUAGACUGUGUGUAGCUUCAAUUAGUAAUGUAUUAUUUCUGUUAAUUAAAAUGCUACUAAAACUAGAAAACAAGGGAUUUUUGGUCCUUUGCUUGUACUUGUCAGGU